AUGCCUUCUUCAAACUCGCCAACGUCUCUAACUCAAACUCAAGUGGUGGCCAAGUCCACCGUAUUCCCCGACCAGCCUUCCACACUCGGUGAUCUCAAGCUCUCAGUCUCCGACCUCCCCAUGCUCUCCUGCCACUACAUCCAGAAGGGCCUCCUCUUCCCUCUUCCUCCUUUCCCCAUCCAACACUCUAUCGUCCCCCUCCUCAAAGCCUCUCUCUCCCAAAGCCUCUCUCGUUUCCCUCCCUUGGCCGGCCGCUUGACCACUUACUCCGACGGUCACGUUCACAUCACCUGCAACGACGCGGGCGUCGACUUCAUCCACGCCUCCGCCCCCAGUCUCUCCACCCGAGACAUUUUGGGCCCCACUGACGUCCCCAGUUGCGUCAAGGACUUGUUCCCCUUUGACCGCACCGUCAGCUACACCGGCCACCACAACUCAAUCCUGGCCGUCCAGGUCACCGAGCUCAGCGACGCUGUUUUCAUCGGCUGCGCUCUCAAUCACGCCGUCACAGACGGCACCUCCUUCUGGAACUUCUUCAACACCUUCGCCGAGCUCUGCAGACUGUCAUCAUCAUCACCUAAUGAGAACAAGAAACUUACCAUCGCGAAGCAGCCCGACUUCAGCCGGAGCUCCGUUAUCAUAUCGCCGGCCGUACUCCGGUUCCCGGAAGGAGGUCCUAAAGUCACCUUCUCCCUCACCGAGCCUUUGCGCGAGCGAAUUUUCAGCUUCAGCAGAGAAGCCAUUCAAGACCUCAAAUCCCGAACCAACAGUAAAAAUGGGCCGAAUUCCAAAACGACGACGCUUUAA